CUCUCUACUCCUCUCUCCUCCCUCCUCUCUCUCUCUAAAACCUAAACAUGACUACCACCAACGGCGGCGAUGCGGCGGGCUCUAGGGUUUCGAUUCCGGCCGAUCUGCGUGAGACCUUUCAGAGCAUCAGAGACUACACAGGGAAACAACAUUCCGACGAGGAUAUCCUCUCCGUCUUCAAGGAUUGCUUCAACGAUCCUCAUGAGACCGCUCAGAAGCUCCUCUUUCUAGAUACAUUUCAUGAGGUGAGAAGCAAACGGGAGAGGAAGAAAGAGAAUUUAGUGCCGAAAACACAAGAAAAGGCGGGCAGGAAUGGUCGGAGGAACUUCGCUUCAAAUUACACUGCUGCUAAUAAUGGAAGAAGUGGAGGUUUUAGAAGGCAGAGUGGAGCUAAUCACAGUAUGAGAGGUUCCGGAGCUGCUUCGCCUGCUCCUAGCAAAGCAUCAACCGACACACUACCUUGUUCCAUUAAGGCGUCUAACCGAAAUAUUACAGAAGAACAUCCUUCCUCCAAGUCUACUUCCUCUUCCGAUGAUGUUGCUGAGCUGACGAAGUCUAAAGCAAGUGAAACUGUACCCGUUUCAGAUUCUGUUGUACAAAACAAUACUCAAUAUGCUGUAGAUGGAUCUUCUAUGAGCUCACAGCAAUCAUCUACUUCUGCUCAGCAAUCAGCCACUUCUAAUUUCGGUAGCCAGUCAGAUCAAGUCACUAGGAGUGAGGCUGCAGCCCAUAAAGUCAAUAAUCAAUCGCUUCUGAAGUCAGAUGUUGGUGAACGGCCCCAUGUAACAUUCCCUGUCCACCUUCAGGUUGCCAAAAUGUUUGAAAAUGGUCUGACGUUUGGAAGCUUCGAUUCCAGUUUUGUCAAAGAGACACCUUGUGACAAUUUUACUUUUGGGCGUGAUGACUCCACGAUCAAGUCUUCCCAUGGGACAGCAGCCUAUGGGGAUUCAGAUUGGGAAGAUAUAUCAACUAUUUCUCAAGAUAAGGAUCAUGAUAUUUCAAAUGCAGUAUCUGAAACCGAGCUUAAACUUGUAGAAGGUUCCGAAGUAGAUAAAAUGAAUGAGGAGUCUUCACCAAUCAAAGACAUUCACCAGGCUGCAAAUUGUGAUGGUACACCUAUCUCCUACCCUGAUCAGUGUUCCAUAGCAGCCUCUCAACAGGCAAUGAACCUUUUCAGACAACAACAAUACCCUCUAAACUUUUUCCCUUACGGUCUCUAUUAUCCACCACCCUUUUAUAUGCCGCAACCAUACAUUCACCAGUUCUUGAGCCCAAACGGGUACCAACAACAGUCUUACUUACCGCCUCAAGAUGAUGCUCCACUACCUCCUGGAGAUAAACUCCCUCUCCCUCAGAUCAAAUCAGGAACUAACAUCGGAAACACUCCACCUAUCACAUUUCCAUCACCGUAUGAUUCGUACGCAGCUGCUUUUAACCACAUCCCAUCAGCAGCCACCGUAGAAUCUACCAACAAGGAAGAAAAGAAGGAAGACUACAUAACUGGACAAAUGAGUCUAGCUAACCUGCAGGCUAGUGCCAUGUACAACUUAUCCCUUCAGGGCCAGCCAUUAGCUUUCCCAACCUUGCAGGCUGGGUUCACAGGAAUAUACCAACAAACACAGCCCAUACUGCAGGCUCCAGUGAACGAACAACCCAUAGGACCCCCGCUCAUACCUAAUCAGCAAUCUCAAGCUGCACCCACGAAUAUGAACAACAACUACUAGGUCAAGCAGAGAUACAUUUCAGAUUGGUAAGAAGAUAUAUUCAAGUCUUGAUUUUUGAGUGAUUCUAUGCGUAAAUAGUUAGGAAACAUCACCCCCAAAGAUGAAGUUAGUGUGUGACCAGAGAGAGAGAAAUGGUGUCUUGGUUCUUUAGUAGACAUCCAUGUGUAGUACUUUUUGAAACAGAUGAUGUCUGGUUCGUUUGUAAUUCUUCCGAACUUUACAAAUAUAAACAAGUUCUCAUUA